AUGACUAUCAAGGUCAUUGGAUUUUCACGUUCAACAAAUACCCUCAGAGUUAUUGCAUGUCUUAAUGAAUUAGGUAUUCCAUACCAACUCGACACUCCAGCUAAUUUUGGGGUUAUAAAAGAAAAGGAUUAUCUCGCUAAUAAACACCCUUU